CGCGAGGUCGGCGGAAGUUCCGCCUCUGUCCCCCACGGAAGUCCCGCCCCCCUCCCUCCACCUAAGUCCCGUGUGUCUGCCGGCUUCCCUCGUGGCCGACCGCGGACAUGGCGCACUACAACUUCAAGAAGAUCACGGUGGUGCCGUCCGCCAAGGACUUUAUUGACCUGACAUUAUCGAAGACGCAACGGAAGACUCCAACGGUCAUUCAUAAACAUUACCAAAUUCAUCGCAUUAGACAUUUUUACAUGAGAAAAGUCAAAUUUACUCAACAGAAUUACCAUGACAGGCUCUCACAGAUUAUAAUGGAUUUCCCCAAAUUGGAUGAUAUCCAUCCAUUUUAUGCUGAUUUGAUGAACAUUCUCUAUGAUAAAGAUCAUUACAAGUUGGCUCUGGGACAAAUAAAUAUUGCCAAGAAUUUAGUGGACAAUGUUGCUAAGGAUUAUGUGCGGCUUAUGAAAUAUGGAGACUCCCUCUACCGUUGCAAGCAGCUGAAGCGUGCUGCCCUGGGGCGAAUGUGUACUAUUAUCAAAAGACAGAAACAGAGUCUGGAGUAUUUGGAACAAGUGCGUCAGCACCUUUCCCGUCUGCCAACUAUUGACCCGAACACAAGGACCCUGCUUCUAUGUGGGUACCCGAAUGUUGGCAAGUCCAGCUUCAUCAAUAAGGUGACAAGAGCAGAUGUGGAUGUCCAGCCUUAUGCAUUUACCACCAAAUCUCUGUUUGUUGGACACAUGGAUUAUAAGUAUCUGCGCUGGCAGGUUGUAGAUACCCCGGGGAUUUUGGACCACCCCUUGGAGGAUCGGAACACAAUUGAAAUGCAGGCCAUCACGGCCCUGGCCCAUCUGCGUGCCGCGGUGCUGUACGUGAUGGACCUGUCUGAGCAGUGUGGGCACGGGCUGCAGGCGCAGCUGGAGCUGUUCCAGAACAUCAGGCCUCUCUUUGUCAACAAGCCUCUUAUAGUUGUAGCAAACAAAUGUGAUGUAAAGAGAAUAGCUGAGCUUCCAGAAGAUGACCAGAAAAUAUUUAUAGAUUUGCAGGCUGAAGGAUUUCCUGUGAUAGAGACCAGCACCCUGACGGAGGAAGGGGUGAUCAAAGUGAAAACAGAGGCUUGUGACAGGCUCUUGGCUCAUCGAGUUGAAACCAAAAUGAAAGGAAAUAAAGUCAACGAGGUGCUGAACAGGUUGCAUUUGGCUAUACCAAACAAAAGAGAUGAUAAGGAGAGACCCCCUUUCAUCCCAGAAGGAGUGGUGGCACGCAGGAAGAGAAUGGAGAUUGGGGAGGCUCAAAGGAAGAGGGAACGAGAUAUUGAACUGGAACUGGGAGAUGAUUAUAUUUUGGAUCUUCAAAAGUACUGGGACAUAAUGAAUUCAUCUGAAAAGUAUGAUAAGAUCCCUGAGAUCUGGGAAGGCCAUAAUGUAGCUGAUUACAUUGAUCCUGACAUCAUGAAGAAAUUGGAAGAAUUAGAAAAAGAAGAAGAGCUAAGAACAGCUGCUGGAGAGUAUGACAGUGAUUCAGAAAGUGAAGAUGAAGAAAUGGUGGAAAUCCGACAGCUGGCAAAAGAAAUCAGAGAAAAAAGGAAGUUGAAAAUUCUGCAAUCCAAAGAGAAGGACACACAGGGACCCAGAAUGCCACGAACUGCUAAGAAGGUUCAGCGGAAAGUCCUGGAGGAUGAGAUGCGCAGUCUUGGUGUUGACAUGGAUGAUAAUGACAACGCCCAUUAUGCAGUCCAAGCCAGAAGGUCUCGGAGUGUCACUAGGAAAAGGAAGCGGGAAGACUCUGUCCCGCCCACAUCUCUUGCCCGGAGUCGCAGUUGCUCUCGAACUCCACGUGAUGUGUCUGGUCUUCGGGACGUCAAGAUGGUGAAGAAAGCCAAGACUAUGAUGAAGAAUGCUCAGAAGAAGAUGAAUCGCUUGGGGAAGAAAGGGGAGGCAGACAGGCAUGUGUUUGAUAUGAAGCCCAAGCACUUACUCUCUGGGAAAAGAAAAUCUGGUAAAAAGGACAGGAGAUAGUGUCCUUCUCAGCUGAAGCAGUUUGGCGGGACUGUUGUUUGUUUCUCGUUUGAUAUGGUAUGUUUUCACAAAAUUGGAGUCAAAAUCUGUAAAUUGGAAAUAACAAUGAAAUAACUAAAGCACCUUUCCU